AGCCGCGAGUCGGGAAGGCGCCGCGUCAACAGCACUCGCGGCGGGGAGGGGGUGAGGCCGAGCGCGCGUGCGCGGCCCGCGCGGGAGGGGGAGCGGGUGUGGGGCGGCGGGAGCGCGCCUGCGCGCGGCCAAGCCGCCUGGGCACCUGGUCCUGACUGUGACGGGAGGCGGCGGUCGGUCCUCCCUGUAACGGCGGCGGCGCCUGCUCCAGACACCUGCGGCGGCGGCGACCCCGCGUCGGGGGCGGAGAUGUGGCCCCUGGUGGUGUUGCUGCUGCUGGGCUCGGCGCGCUGCGGUUCAGCUCAGCUAAUAUUUAAUACAACCAAAUCUGUAGAAUACACCGUUUGCAAUCAAACUGUUGUCAUCCCAUGUUUUGUUAAUAACAUGGAGGCGAAGAGCAUUGCUGAAUUGUAUGUCAAGUGGAAAUUUAAAGGAAAAGACAUUUUCAUCUUUGAUGGAGGUCAGCAAAAGUCCAAGCCCAGCGAUAACUUUACUAGUGCAAAAAUCUCACCAUCAGAAUUACUAAAUGGCAUUGCCUCUUUGACGAUGGAUAAACGUGAUGCCGUCUUAGGAAACUACACUUGUGAAGUAACAGAAUUAAGCAGAGAAGGCGAAACCAUCGUAGAACUAAAAUAUCGUGUUGUUUCAUGGUUUUCUCCAAAUGAAAAUAUCCUCACUGUUAUUUUCCCAAUUUUGGCUAUACUUCUAUUCUGGGGACAGUUUGGUGUUGUGACGCUUAAAUAUAAAUCCAGUUAUACGAAGGAGAAAACCAUUUUUCUGUUAGUUACUGGACUAGUGCUCACUAUCGUUGUGAUUGUUGGAGCCAUUCUUUUCAUCCCAGGUGAAUAUUCAACAAAGAAUGCUUGUGGACUUGGUUUAAUUGUAAUUCCUACAGCAAUAUUAAUAUUACUUCACUACUAUGUGUUUAUGAUAACUAUGGGGAUGUCCUUCUUCACCAUUGCCAUAUUGAUCCUUCAAGUACUGGGCCAUGUGCUCUCUGUGGUUGGAUUCAGCCUCUGUGUCUCAGAGUGUACCCCAGUACAUGGUCCUCUUCUGAUUUCAGGUUUGGGUAUUAUAGCUCUAGCAGAAUUACUUGGAUUAGUUUAUAUGAAAUGUGUUGCUUCCAAUCACAAGACUAUACAACCUCCUAGGAAAGCUGUAGAGGAACCCCUUAAUGCAUUUAAAGAAUCAAAAGGAAUGAUGAAUGAUGAGUAACUGAAGUAAAAUGAUGGACUCUGAUUUGGAGAGUAGUACGACAUGAAAGAAAUACACUUGUGUUUAAGCACCGUGGCCUUGAUUCACUGUUUUGGAGAAGAAAACAAGAAAAGUAACUGGUUUCCAUCUAUGGGAGAAAGUAAAUAAUUGACCUUUCAAUGAUUGUUACAAUUAAGUUUUUAUUCAAAGCAUUUUUAAUUUAGUUAAUAAAAGAAUUAUGGUCUGUGUUGUGUGCCCAAUUGAUAUCCAGUUUUCUGUUGUUACUUUUAUUCAAUUAGGGGCAAAGGAGAGUGGGCAACUUCCAAGAAUGAUGCCUUUCAGAUCCUGGGGCCUCUUGACUCUAGGUCACCAGUUUAAAUUGGUCCAAGGUGAAAAUUUCCUGACACUAACCUGGUUACCCAGAGCUAUCUAUGAAAACAGUGGCUUCCGUCAAGCCUUAGAAAACUCAGGUUCACAGCCACUGUGGCAAUUAAUGGUGUUAGCUGAAUAAUGGGUCUGCCACUUCCAGGUCAAGGGAAUAACAUUAAGCACAGACAGGAAUUCAGUCGGGAACAUCUGUCUUGUAGGCUGCCUCCGUGGGAUGUGAUACUGACGGAGAUCAUGGUCUUCAUUCUUGGGGGUUGCCACUCACACAUUGUUCCUUCAACGUACAGUGUACCAGACCCUUUCCGGAUUGAGGGUGAUUUUACUGAUGGAUGUUUCCUUCUUUUCUUCACACAACCCUUUACAUCCUGUCUUGUCCUUCUGUUAUUUGCUUCUGCCGCUGUAUGAGAUGUAGCACUUUUUCUCCUCUUUGAACAUGGUCCAGUGACACGGUAACAUCACUGCAGAAAGGAGCCAGACUUAUUCUCAGAGAACCUUGUUCACACUUUUCAGCAGAAAUAGCGAUGGUUGUAACAUACGUAUUCCCUUCCUCGGAUUUGAAGGCACAAUCUACAGUGUUUCUUCGCUUCUUUUCUGAUCUGGGGCAUGAAAAACCAAGAUUGAGAUUUGAACUAUGAGUCUUCUGCAUGGCAACAUAAUGUGUGUCACCGUCAGGCCAAUAGGCCAACCCUGAACGGGUGAUUUUAUUACUGUCGUAUCUGUGUUGCAUGAUAAACACCCGUCAUCUUCCUCCUGUCGUCCUGCCUCAUAUUCACCUUACUCUAAGAUUGAAAAGUAAAACAAAACCCACGUUUCCUACCCCCAUUAGAAGAAAAUUAACAUUCUGACAGUUGUGAUCGCCUGGAGUACUUUUAGAUUAUUAGAUUUUCUUCCCUUGUGGGUGUGUGUGUGUGUAUGCGCUCAUGUGUAAGAUAGGCACAUGUAUCUUCUGUAUGGACAACAGUGGGGUACCUACAGGAGAGCAAAUGUUAAUUUCAUGCUUUUAGUGAAAACAGUUAAAAACAAAGAUCUUUAUUGGGUGGACUUAUAUUUGAUGUGAAUAUUUGAUCACUUAAAACUUUUAAAAAUUCUAGGUAAUUUGCCAAGCUUUUUGACUGCUCACCAAUGCCCUCUAAAAAUACUAGUUAUUCUUCCUGUUUGUGUAAUAAGACAUUCAUAUUUGUAGUUGCAUUAUUAAUAGUUAUCUCUUAGUCCACUGAAUGUUCCCGCGUGCCUCUUUUAUGCCAAAUUGCUUGUCAUAUUUUACGUUGGGACCAAGUGGUUUGCCCAUGGCAAACCAAAAUUUAUAACCUGCUGAUGCCUCAGAAAAGUGAACACACUAUGAAGACAGCUCUUCUUGAAAAAAAAAAAAAGGAAAAAAAAAGUUCUUCCCUAAUUGUGUUCCUGUGCAAAAUAUUAUCAUAUGUA